AUGGGCAAGCUGGAGAUGGCUGCAUACCCUGGAAACCAUGAUUCCCGGUCUUCUGUCUCUGGUUCUUAUAAUAGCCACCUCUCUUCCACGCGGCACGGCCAACUCCCUGCUGGAAACCAGAAGCGUCCUUUCCCUCUCUUGCCUGUGAGGAUCCUCCUAGUUGCCUUCCCCUCGCAGUUAGAAGUACGCCUCCAACUCUCAAUCAUAAUGGAAUCAUUCUUUGAGAGUGUAACCCCGGAUUCUCCCCCUGACUCAUCAUCGUCAUCGUCAUCGUCAUCCUCUUCUUCCUCCGCAUCAUCAUCAUCAUCAUCAUCAUCACCACCACCACCAUCAUCGUCAUCUUCACCACCACCACCAUCAUCGUCGUCGUCAUCGGUGCCGCCUCCAUCUCCACAAACGCCAUCCUCAUCGCCACCACCGGCAACACCACCGCCCAAAGCCUCGCCGCCACCGGCCUCCCCGCCCCCAACGAAUGCAUCUCCUCCGCCACCUUCGCCCUCGGAUUCGGACUCUUCACCUCCACCGCCAGAUUCCUCAACGUCCCCACCCCCUCCCCAGUCAUCGAAUGUGCCACCUCCUCCAAAUAAUUCCAACUCUCCCCCACCGGCAGUGUCUCACGGUCAUAAUAGUUCUUCGCCAUCAUCGUCGUCAUCGGAAUCAUUACCACUCAUAAUAGGAGUUGCGGCUGGUGGAGGAUUCCUAUUGCUUGUGAUGAUAGCCAUAGUCUUCGCAUGUGUUUCUCGAUCAAAGAAAAAGAGAAGGCCUCACGAUCAGAUGCAAUACUACAGGGAUCAUUCCCAAGGAGCAAAAGGUGCUUUAUCUAGCGAAUAUUACAACAGUUCCCAACACAUGGACCACAUCGUAAAGAUUCCGCCGCCGCCAGGCGGAGCCUGGUCGUCGGGGCCGCCGACGCACACGAUGAGCAGCGGCGAGCGAAGCUCCAACUACUCGGGCCCCUACCACCCGCCGUUGCCGCCGCCGCACCCGACCGUCGCUCUGGGCUUCAACAAGAGCACCUUCACGUACGACGAGCUCGCGGCGGCAACCGGCGGAUUCUCGCAGUCGAAUAUGCUGGGGCAGGGCGGGUUUGGGUACGUCCACAAGGGGGUGCUACCCACGGGCAAGGAUAUCGCAGUGAAGAGCUUGAAAUCGGGCAGUGGGCAGGGGGAGAGAGAGUUCCAGGCGGAGGUGGAGAUCAUCAGCCGCGUCCACCACCGCCACCUCGUGUCGUUGGUGGGGUAUUGCAUCGCCGGAAGCCAGAGGCUGUUGAUUUAUGAAUUUGUUCCCAAUAAUACCCUUGAAUUCCAUCUCCAUGGAAAGGGACGUCCCACCAUGGAUUGGCCCACAAGGCUGCGCAUAGCUCUGGGAUCUGCCAGAGGGCUUGCUUACCUUCAUGAAGAUUGCCAUCCCCGCAUUAUCCACCGUGACAUCAAAGCUGCCAAUAUUCUCCUUGACUAUAAUUUCGAAGCCAAGGUAGCUGAUUUUGGAUUGGCAAAGCUAUCCACAGACACCAACACUCAUGUUUCAACCAGAGUCAUGGGAACAUUUGGGUACUUGGCGCCAGAGUACGCAGCGAGCGGAAAGCUAACUGAGAAAUCUGAUGUUUUCUCCUUUGGUGUUAUGUUGCUGGAAAUGAUAACUGGAAAACGCCCUGUCGAUCCCACCGAUGAUGAUAUGGAUGACUGCUUGGUGGAAUGGGCUCGACCGCUUCUUUUGCGUGCGAUGGAAGAUGGAAACUAUUCGGGAGUCGUGGAUCCACGCUUGGAGAACAAUUACGACACCCACGAGAUGGGAUGCAUGAUAGGAUGUGCUUCUGCAGCCAUUAGGCACUCUGCCAGGAGGCGUCCUAAAAUGAGCCAGAUUGUGCGUGCAUUGGAGGGCGAUGUUUCAUUGGACGAUUUACACGAAGGGGUGAAACCCGGUCAUAGCGCGUUCUUUGGCUCGAAUGGCAGUGGUGACUUUGAUGCAAAUGGAUAUAAUGCAGAGAUGAGGAAGCUUAGGAAUGCUGGAAUUUCAAGCCAGGAAUUCACGAGCAGCGAGUAUGGGCGCUCCGGUGAGCAAACCCGUUUUUCUCCGAGCAUGAACUCGAAAGAAAUGAGCCUGAAUGGGGGCCAGAGGCACAUCAUUUGAGCAAGUCAAGUCCUGAAAAUUUUAAAAAAGUUGAAAAAAAAAAUGAUGAAGAAGAAGAAGAAGAAGAAGAAGAGAGGAUCAUGGAUCAUAGUUGAGCAAAUGAGUUUCAAGGCUUUAUAAUUAUUGGGGCUAUGUUUCUAACUCCUAACAUGACUUUCUGUGGCAAAUGCAUUAACCAGUGUGCAAACUUGAGUUAUUUUGAGCAGUGGGCAGCUCCAAUUGUUCAGGCUCUUGAACAAAUAUACUACUGAAGGUGUUAAUGGCAUCUGCCUUGGAUCCAUUAUGAAACUGCAUAUUAAUUAAUCCCAUUUUUUGUAACAAUGUUCAUAAAUGGAAAUUUAAUUCGUUGGAGAUCCAUUGGAUUAAUAUAUAGAGACUUGUAAUCUCACUCAUAUAUUAUAUAUGAUAUAUGACAAAGCAUGUACUGGAGGAGUUUAAAAGAGCUUGUAUACUUGGUGUUGUAUGAAAUAUAUGUUGUUUACAGUUAGUAGAAAAAUGGUUUAAUUUGAAGGCUUAUUUAUGCUAA